AUGGCGAACUUCUUCGACAACAAAGCUCGCGCCGCUGCCGCUGCCUCAAGUUCGAAAUCUAAGCCAAGUGAGCUGGCUGGCCCAACGCCAGCGCUGUUGCCAUGGGUGGAAAAGUAUCGGCCUCGGAGCCUUGAAGAAGUGAAGAGCCAGGAUCAUGCCAUCGACAUAUUGCGGCGAAUGGUCAAUGCGUCGAAUCUGCCAAACCUCUUGUGUUAUGGCCCGCCUGGAACUGGCAAAACUUCGACCAUCCUGGCCCUGUGUCGAGAGCUGUUCGGCCCGGAACUCAUGAAGCAUCGGGUCCUCGAGCUGAACGCUUCAGACGAACGGGGACUGAGCGUUGUCCGGGAACGCGUCAAGCAGUUUGCGGGUCAGCAUUUAGUAAAUCCAUCACAGCAGUAUCGAGAAAAAUAUCCGUGCCCCCCGUUCAAGGUUGUAUUACUCGACGAGGCCGACCAACUCACGUCCGACGCCCAAAGCGCACUCAGAAGAACGAUGGAAAUACAUGCUCGCACGACUAGGUUUGCUUUGUGCUGCAACUACGUGAGCCGGAUUCUCGAUCCGAUCGCCUCUCGAUGCUCGAAAUAUCGUUUUCGGGCCCUGGAGGGCGGCCAGGCUGCCGCUCGAAUCGAAGAGAUCCUGACCGCAGAAAACGUCAAAUAUCAGCAAGGAGUAAUCGAGCGGGCGCUGCAGGUUUCAGACGGGGAUCUUCGAAAAGCCAUCACGAUUCUCCAGAGUGCUGCUAGACUUGUGGGAGUUGGCAACCUUGAAUCGAACUCGCGGGCACCCAAGAAUGCACGGAGCGUGACCGAAGACUCGGACGAGGAGAUGGAGGACCAUGAUCAGACAGGCUUGUCAUCCGGGAGCAUCAGCAUCUCCGACAUUGACGAACUUGCCGGAACCUUUCCCCCAGAGUCAACUGACAAACUCCUCAGCGUUCUGAAGAAGGGCAACACUAGCAACUAUAACCGCAUUGCCGCGGAGAUCACAGACAUCACGGCAUCAGGUUACGCCGCGAAUGAGCUGCUAUCAAGUCUGUACUCUAAGAUUGUCUUUGACGAUCUUGUGGAAACCAAGAAGAAAUACAAGUUGACGCAGAUCUUCUCCGAGUUCGACAAGAGGCUCGUCGAUGGAGUUGACGAAGAACUCGUUAUGCUAGACAUGUCGUGCCAAAUUGCUGGUAUAUUGGCCGCAUGA